CUGUCGUUAUAAGGCUUGAAUGCACACCAAGGUGAUCUUCCACAAUCAUAUAAACUAAUUAAACUAUUACGGCACACAUAGCUUGAUCAUAGUAGGCGUUCUUGAACGGCCCCAUCAUACCAUUUUCACCGUAAACGUAAGACGUAGGUACAUCGUUGUCGUAGGUAUCACAGUCAUCAAAACAUCGUCGUCGACAUUGUCACGCGGCUGCACGGAAACCGAUUGUAACAACAAUAAAACACAUCGCAAUCGAUUGGAUAAAACAAGCAAUCGAAAUGGAAGCAGCACAACGGACUGGAGGACAGACAUCUUCAAACAUCAUAUUAGAUUAUUUACCAAUGAUCACGAAAGUUGUAGUAGGAAUUAUUCAUUCGAUAUACGCAUUCAUCAAUCUAGCAUUUACCAGCAUUUAUCCAGUAAAAAAAUCAUUAAAAGAUAAAGUCGUACUCGUGACCGGUGCCGGCAGAGGACUUGGCCGGGAGAUGAGCUACCAGCUAGCCCAGGAGGGUGCGAAAGUGGUGUGCGUGGACAUAAACGCGGAGGGCGUCAAGGAGACGGCGGACGUGAUCAACGGCGACCGGACGGGCGCGGACGCUAGGGCCGAUUUUUACACGACAAACGUAGCCGAGCCGAAUCAGGUGAACGAACUGGCCAAGGCGGUAGAAGAAAAAUGGGGCAAGGUGGACGUGCUGAUCAACAACGCGGGUAUUGUAGCUAGCGCGCCGUUGAUGGACACCACUGACGAUCAGAUCAAGCGCAUGAUCGACGUCAACCUGGUUUCGCACUUUUGGAUGUUACGUGCCUUUUUGCCAGCCAUGAAGAAACGCAAUGAAGGCCACAUCGUGGCCACGUCCUCGGUGGCAGCGUUCACUUGUGCAGCCAACAUCGUACCCUAUGCAGCUACUAAAUACGGUGUCACAGGUCUGAUGGCCAGUCUUAGAGAAGAACUAAGGGCCAACCCAUCGAACAACAUAAAAACCACUACUAUUCAUCCAUUUUUUUUGGACUCUGCCCCGAUAAACGUUAAACACUGGGAAGUAAAGUCAGCAUUACCAAUUGUUUCGAUUCCACAAGUUGCCCAAGCAGCAAUUCAAGGCAUUAAGAGAGAAGACGUUAUUGUAACCGUUCCAGAAAUAUUGAGACUGAUCAUGCAUAUACUAUGGAUUAUGCCACAGAAAUCGGCUGAUUAUUGGCGAGACGCCUUUAGUUCAAAAAUCGAUAAAGCUUAAUUUACAUUAAACAUAAAUUAUUGAAUUUAAUGACUUAAAAAUUAAAAUAUUCAUUAUAUUAUGU